AUGGAUGCUGUUGGUUUUGGGUUCAGUUGUUGCUGUUUACAGACAACAGUCCAAGCAAGUAACAUUCAAGAAGCUUUCAUCAUGUAUGACAAUUUGGCCCCACUCUGCCCAAUCAUGUUAGCACUCAGUGCUGCUACUCCAAUAUUUCGAGGAUAUUUGUCUGAUUCCGAUUGUCGAUGGAAUGUCCUAUCCCAGUCAGCAGAUGACCGAACAGAAGAAGAACGAGGAAUUAAGAAUAUUCAGUCCACUAAUUGGCAAUUUUUAAGGUUCAAGCCUCCCCCUCCAAAUUCCAAUAUUGGCUGGAGAGUAGAAUUCCGACCAAUGGAGGUUCAAUUGUCUGACUUUGAAAAUGCUGCUUAUGUUGUGUUUAUUGUGCUGGUAACAAGGGUCAUUUUGACAUUUAAACUCAAUUUCCUGAUUCCAAUCUCAAAGAUUGAAAAAAAUAUGGUGACUGCUCAGAAAAAUGAUGCUGCAAGGAAUGGGAUGUUUUAUUUCCAUAAAGAUGUCAUCACAGCCAAUUCUCUUCCUGAAGCUGCUGAAUGUGUUGGUUGUCGUGAAGUGAUCAAACAACAGAUUGAUGAAGAAUACACUUUGAUGUCUAUUAAUGAAAUCAUUAAUGGAAAAGAUGAUUUUCCUGGUUUAAUUCCUCUUGUGAACAAAUAUUUGGAAUACAGUGAAUGUGAUGUUGAUACAAGAUGUACUGUACUGCAAUAUUUACAACUCAUCUCAAACAGAGCUUCAGGUAAAUUGAUGACAAUGGCACAAUGGACCCGUAAAUUUGUGUUGACCCAUGCAGACUAUAAGCAGGAUUCUGUGGUCAAUGAAAACAUCACAUAUGACUUGUUGGUUGAAUGGUAUCUUUCUCUCUCCUGGGAUCUUAAGGUAUUUCUUUCUCUGGGAGAUCUUGAUCGAUCUAUAUUUCUUUCGUUCCCAUGGCCGUAUUCGUACACUCACUGGUCUUCCUCAGUUUUGGAAUCAUUUUGUCCCUCUUGA